CAAACUCUUCACACUUUCUUCUCCCUCUCUUCAUAGCUCGGAAUGAUUCAGGCGAGACCGGUUUUGUUGCUGACGUCGCCCAGUACUGACCGCUGUUCCGAUAACAAUCUGGUGGAAAUUGCGGAGAGAGUCGUGGAGGAAUUCAGGGCAGAACAGGGAGAAGCCGGCUCUGAGUUUUCCGACGGUGAUGAUACGUUUUCCGGCAUGGAAAGCGAUGAGACGUUAGUUUCCGGAGAAGCUAGCGAGGACGGCGUGGGAGUGGAGGAGGAGGAGGAGGAGAAGAGUAGCGAUGUUGAAGAGGAUUUUGAGUUCGAGUUCGCGUUCGCUCCUAGAGAAACGGCUUUUUCCCCGAUUUCCGCGGAUGAGGUGUUCUGCAACGGACAGAUCCGGCCGAUUUUUCCGGUUCACAAACGGAAUUUGUUGAUAGGCGAAGAGGAAUUUCUGAACGGGAACUGUAAUUCGGUAGCGGUAUCGAACUACGGCGUGGAUCAGAGGAUUUCAUCUACGCCGCAGCCGGUGAAGCCGCGGCUUCCGUUGCGGAAGCUCUUCACCGAAGAGCGCGAGACUCUGUCGUCAUGCUCGUCGUCGGAAGCCGACGAGCUGGACGGUGUUCCGGCGGAGACGUACUGCGUUUGGCGGCCGAAACCGGCAGAUGAUCAGCUGUCUCCCGGGAGAUGUAAAAAGAGCAACUCCACCGGCUCCGGCUCCGGCUCGUCUAAACGCUGGAAGUUUCGAGACCUUCUCUACCGAAGCAACAGCGACGGCAAGGACGCUUUCGUCUUUCUCACUUCGACAUUCAAAAACAGAGUGGAUAAGAUCGCCGCCGGGAAAUCGAAACCAAACUAGAUCUUCGCCGCCGAAGAAACAGGAUAUUUGAUGAGGUAUUUUAGUAGUAAAAGGUUUAGUAGAAAUUUGCAACCUAACUAAAUUCUAUUUUCCAGGAGAAAAUCAGAGUACAAAUUAAGAUAAGAGUUUUGGUAGUAAUUAAAGCUCUUAACGUACUAUUUCUUAUCAUUUGUAAAUAUGUUUGAUAAUUUUUGUUACAUUAUUUGGUAUUAUUGCAAAACAUAUUUAUAAAGAGCAUUUUUCAUAGUG